GGGACUGUGAUCAUAAAACACCCUUGUGUCGCCAUCUGCACUUCCUCCGUGACUCACAGGUACAAUGACAUCACCGAUACCAAUUUCAAACAUCACGCAGGAGUGGGUGGAGGUCCUGGAGAAAUGGCACCUGGAUUUGUUUUUGAUCCCCACAAUAGUCAUCACUCUUCCCACCUUGCUGGCCAGCCCUGUUCUCCUGGUAAGCAUUUUCCUAUCCCGUGCCCUGCGCCAGGAGACGCGUUACCUGCUACUGGCCAACAUCCUGGUGGCCGACCUGUUUUUGGUCCUCCUCAACUUGGCCACAUUGAUUUGUAACGCCUUGAGAGCGCCAAUGCAAUGGUUGGGUUGUGAGCUGGUCACCGCUCUCACCGUCACCAGCUACUGCUGUGCCAUUUACACGGUCACGCUCAUGGUGGUCGACACCUAUGCUGCUGUUCGCUGGCCUCUCCGUUACCGUGACGUUAUUCCACCUUCCCGCACCUACUGCAUACUGGUGGGGGUGUGGGUGUUAGCAGCCAUAUACCCUUUCACAGUGAUGAUCAAGACGCAGGUAGCGAGUGGGAACUUCCAUGAAAAGCUACCCGUGUGUCUGGUCCUCAUCUCCCUUGGAUUCAUUCAGGCCAGGAACAUGACUGGGAUCUACAUCUACUUCUUCGUAGCUGCACUCAUGUGUUCACUGCUCAUUUCUUACUGCUACAUUCGCCUCUACAUGGUAACGAGGACACAAGGAAUCUGGCAUAGCCGCUUCUCCAGGGCCAGGGUCACCCUGCUGGCCCACGGGGUUCUGCUCCUGCUCUACUUUGCCCCCGGCUUCCUUUUUACCAUGGAGCUCGUUCUAAUAGACAGGAAAGACAUACCUCAGGAUGUUCGCGUGUGGGUCUCCACAGUCAAUAUGUGUGUUUUUAUGUUGCUGCCCAGGGUAUUUGCUCCUUACCUGUAUGGGAUCAGGUACAGAGAGAUCUCAGACACAGUAAUGCUGCUGCUGCUGCACCAGCACAGGAGACUCAGCCAGGCCGCAGCUGCGUAAAGAACUGCUGUGUUUUUGAACGACUUCUAAAGAGUCAGAGUUUUAUCUACACGAUCUGUAAAAAUGCCAAGAAUCAAACUGUCAUAGAGAAACGCCGCAUUUUAUUUUAUUUUAUAGUUUAGUCUGUAGGAGUUAGAUUUCACCAAAUCUAGAACUUAGACUCUGUGUUCCAGCUACAUUAAUAAUGCAAUAUCGCCAAU